AUGUCGCUGUUCAGAGCCACUUCUUCUGCAUUGCGCCUUACUGGUCGCCGCACGUUCACUUCCGCAUCCACACUGGGUCUGGCCGCCGCAGCUGGCCCCGCCGAGACCAAUGCAGGACCGUGGGCCGACCGCCCCUCGGCGCCCCGACUAAACCGAUACCUCGUUGUCGCCGAGGACUUUUCCGACGCUGGCGCCAACGCACGCCGCUUCGAGGUGCGCGAGCGACACCUGGAGCAGGCGCAGAACGGCAAGCGUGUCGGCCGCAUCGAGCUCGGCGGUGCACUGCUGCGCAAGGACUUCCACGAGAUCGACGAGGAGCUGGGUCCCGGUCCACACAUGGGAGGCAGCGUGCUCGUCGUGCUCGGCGAGAGCCUCGAGGACGUGCGCGCGCGCGUCAUGCAGGACGAAUACGUCCAGGGUGCAGUCUGGGACGUCGAGAAGAUCAAGAUCUACCCGUUGCUCCAGGCUCCGCUCAAGAACGCCGCUGCCGACGCAGUGGACGCUGCGACUGCCGAGUCGAACGCGGCUAGGGCCGGUGGCUCCGAUGCCAACGCAACGCUCGGCCAGCUGCGUCAGGAUUUGGCUGCGGGCAAAGGCCACAAGAUGGUCACGCUGGGUGCGCUCAGGAGGAUGCACCAGAGCGUGGAGCGCUCCGACUAA